AUGAGACUCACGUACCCAUUUUUUCAGCUUCUGGCGCUGUACAGGUUGACUUUAGCUUCACCAUGCAAGCCUUCAUCUCACAUUUCCCAUCCAUUUGCAUCUCUCAGUACCCUCAGCUCUGCUGAGACUGGAACGAUUAGUGUAGACAUACCGUCGACAACCUCAAUAACAACGAAUUCUGCCAUAUUUACAGCCUUGUCUUCCAUCACGGAGACUGAGUCUGUCACAUCGACAGCCGUGCCAUCAUCAGCUUCGGUUAGAGAGGCAGAAUCAUCGACCGUAGCCUCUUCUGAAACAACAACUAUCGCCCAAAGCUCCACGACAUUUGAGCCUUUGGUCUCUACAAACUCAGUCGCAACUUCGACUGAGACAUCGACUGACGAAACAUCUACCACUAUAACAACUAUUGAGCGACAGCCCACCAACUUAAUUCGCAACCCCGGCUUUGAAGACCUUACCUUCGCUCCCUGGGAGACGAAAAAAAUAGGAGAACGAGGGUGGCUAUCCGUCCGCAGCGACACGUCUCGCCCAGGAUCACUACAGUGUGGUGUUUUCGAUUCUUCAAUUUCGCCUUCAGGAGGACUCAGGCGCAGACUUAUCCAGCCGUAUAGUUGGUAUGUCAAGCAAGAUAUUGACACUUCCAAGAUCAUCGCCGGAAAAGAGUAUCGCUUUUCAAUUUCUCUAAAGACCACAGCGUCUAGUAGUUGUGGUAUCCCGCGCUUGGGAUGCAGUGCAGGAUCAACCUCAGCUGGAUCGGCGGAGUUCGGGGGGCCUUUGAAUACAUGGGCUAGGGGAGUAACUAGCUGCACUUGGAAUGAAGCUCAGCUUGAUGCUGGAGCCUCCGUUUCUGUAGCCAUUGUCUGCGCCUCUGUCACUUUCUAUCUCGAUGAUGCUGUUUUGAUAGAAAGAGAGGCAUCGCAGUAUUGA